CCUCCCGCCCUCGCCGAUUCCCGUGAAUGGAGCCGAGCCCGCCCUGAAAGCCACGGCAGCCUCCACCUUUGCUACCACCACCACCGCGACGUCGACGACGAUAUCGUCGCCGGGGGCACAUCAUCACUUCUUGGCCUUGCUCGCCACGACAUGACGGUAGAGGCCAUGCUCUCGCCCAGGCAAGAGGCGACGCCGCUAGUGUCCGAUUUGGAGCUCGAGUCGGCCAUACUCAAGGGCGUGGCGUCCCACCGGCCUGUCGGCCAACACAAGCACAUCCUCGUCAUCGCCCUCCAGGCGCAGGUGCACGAGCAGACGGGCAUAUGGGUCCCGAUCGACACGCUGUGGGGACAUCUUGGCGGGCUGUAUGAUCUCGACGCGCUGGACAGUAUGUCAUCCUCCGCCCCCUCGCUCCCCGACUCCCCCGUCGCCCUCUCCCCCCUCCAGCGCCCAAAGCGACGACGACCACGGCGCGGGUCCGCUUCGUCCGGCUCGUCGCUCAGCUCACCAUCGCCGUCCCCGCCGCCAGGCCCGAGCCGGAGCGCGCGCGUGAUUGACAGCGGGCACUUUGCGCGCAGCUUUGAGCUGCCGCUAGGCCGGGCGCCGGAUGCCGGAGGGUCUGGCAGUAGUAGCACUCGCGAGCGGCGCAAGUCGACGCCUGGGCCUGGGCCGGGCGCAGUGCGCCGCGAUACCGACUCGGCAGCGACGUCGGACGAUGACGAGCCCGACGACUGGAGCGCCCUGGUGUAUCCCCGUGCGAUUGGCGGCGACGAGGACGAGGCGGCGUGGGAGGCCGGCGUGGCGGCGCAGAUGGAGCGCACGGAGAAGAAGGCUGGCGGGAGUAGGCGUGCCUCUGGGCAGGGGCAGGAUAGCGGGGACGAGAAGCGCAGGCGGAAGGGCAAGAAGGGCAAGCGUGGGCGCGGGGACAGCGAGAGCGAGGAUGAGCGACCUGCCGGACGGCAGCGGCGAUAGGCGAGCGACAGCAGCAGCAGCAACAACUACAGCGCGUAAUAGAGGCGCACACACAAGAUGCAUAGACACUGGG